AUGUCUAGUACAGAAUUCACAUCUCACUUCGAGCCAUUAGAAGUAUGCGGUUCAGGUUCCUUCGGCCUCAUAAGAAAAGUUAGAAGAAUCUCAGAUGGACAGAUAUUGGCAUGCAAGGAAAUAGACUAUCGCAAGAUGAGCGAGAAGGAAAAGCGUCAACUAGUAGCAGAAGUCAAUAUUUUGCGAGAACUUAAGCAUCCCAAUAUUGUCCGCUAUUAUGAACGUAUCAUUGAUCGGAAGAAUUGCAUGCUGUAUAUAUUGAUGGAGUACUGCGACGGUGGGGAUUUGUCGUCUGUCAUUCGAAAAUGCAAGCAGGAAGGGAAAUAUCUUCAAGAAGACGUUAUCUGGAUACUGCUGACACAAAUGUUGAUGGCUCUUCGCGAGUGCCAUCAUGGUAAAAGCGGACGAGAGGAGAGCAAGUCAUCUGUUGCCAUUUUGCAUAGAGAUCUGAAACCAGACAAUGUAUUUUUGGACGAUCAAAGAAACGUCAAACUGGGAGAUUUUGGCCUCUCCAGGACCUUAAGUGCUGGUGCAGAUAUGGCGAGGACUUUUGUUGGUACUCCAUUUUAUAUGUCACCGGAACUGAUCAAUGAGUCUUCAUACGAUAUGAAAUCGGAUGUCUGGGCAUUAGGUUGUCUGACAUUUGAACUCUGCGCGUUGGAACCACCAUUUCAAGCAAAGACGCAGCAUGCCCUUGCAGCAAAGAUCAAGUCUGGUAAAACCGGAUCAUUUCCAAAGCAGUACUCUCCUCAACUUCAUAGUAUGAUAAAAGCCAUGAUGCACACAAAUCCAUCUAAACGACCCACUACUCUGGAUUUCUUCAAGUUGGAAAAAAUACAGAGAUGCCAGGACAGCAUUGAAAUUAACUUGCUGCGAUCAAAACUCGAUCAAUAUGAGAAGGAUCUUGCCAAUCAGCAAAAAAAUAACCAAGAGCGUAUGGCAGAGAUAGAAAAACGAGAGAAGGAAUUGAACACGAAAUUACACAGACUUACUCGUAAAGAAGAAAGUCUAGCACAAAAAGAAAGGAUAAUUCAGGAAAAGUUACAAGAUCUUUCCCAACAAUCGCGGAUGUACGAGGGUGAGCAGCUUCAAGGUUGGAGAACGUUGCCUAAAUUAUUUUCCAACGAUGCAUCUACACGUUGCUUAACAAAUAUUUCUCCUGCAGUACCCAGUCGUGGCAUCAGUCGAUCAUAUUCGGUACAACAGCCGUCGCGAUUUUCUGGUACUCUGAGGUCUUUGGACCAUCCUCACAUCACCAUCCCCUCUCGGGAUGGUUGCAGCUCGUCUCUCUCUUCGAGCAGAUCUGCAGUGUCAUCUUCUCCUUCAGAUGUAUCCCAAAGGACCUCAGUCAGCACUGAUGCUUCAUCUGUUUCCUCGCUUUUCUCGAAUGACGAUGAUUCAUUUUACGACGCUAUAACCAACCUAAAACUGGCUCCUCUGAAGACAGAUAAAGCCUGUCAUAUCCAGAUUCAGCGCAUCAAUGAGAUACCGAGCCCAAUUACUAGAACUAUGUGA